UUCCUUUAGGCUUUCCCUAUUUAACACCACGUUAGUAGCGUCUUUGAUAACGCAUAUUUAUUUUGCCCAGCACUUCCUUGAAAGAUGGAUGUUUCUGGGAAUCCUAAGAAAUAGGUAACCUAACCUUUGUUUUUUUUUUUUUUUUUUUGUUCUGAUACAGUACAAACACUUCCUUUUUCCCCACUACCUCCUUGUUGUAAUCGGCACCAUACCCGGAUGUUUGUUAAAGCAGCGCAGAAUUCAGCUGCUUUGUGCUCCGCAACAGGCUGCUACACGAGACCUGCACAUUCCAGUUGUGCACCUUGCUCUUCUUUUUGCUUUUUGAUGAUAAAGUAACUUAAGGCCCCAUUUGCUGUUUUCCCUGCAAGAGGUUACAAAGUACAGAACUUUUUUUGUCAUGAUACCUGACCUUCCUGCAGCAGGCAUUUUUCUUCCUCAGAAGAAACUUGCUCCGCCCAGUUUCCAAACAGUCUUGCAUCAAUUUCAUGCAGCAGGAAAUACCUUGCUGUAUCUUAACUAUACCUUGCUCUACAACUUCCAACAUUUUUCUUAGUUUCCUACAAGAUCUCUAAGAGUAUUCCAUCACAAAGAGGAAAACAUUUCAUGACAGAGAGAUGGAGAGGUACUGAGCUUGUCAGGAUAUCCCAUGCAAGAUUUGAGUUAGCUUUAUGUGGUACAGUGGCUACUUGUCUGCAUGGAGGCUGGGCUUUGCUCUUCUAUGCCAGGUAGUACAAAGCAGCUGCUACCACGUACGCUUGAGAAGUAAUGGUGUAAUUCAACUCUGAUCCAUUACAGUCAGUUCAGAGGAAGAAGCAGUCAUCCCCAUAGCAAGGAGAGGCUCAGAACCAACAUGUAGGAAGAACUGGAAGCUAGGCUAACGGAUCUAAAAGACUCUUCAGUUUCAUAUUCCUGAGACUUCAGGCGUUCACCGCCACCUCCCAUUUGGGGCUGCUGAGGUCUUUGACCAACUAACGUAGAAAACCACUCAGGGCAGGCCCUUUCCUGACCUUAACCUUCACACAGCCCUCUCAAAACACCACAUCCCCUACAGCUAAUACCCCAGACUUGUAACAUUCCAUUUGCUGAAGAAGAAUUCGAGCAGCAACCCACACCCCUCUGAGCCCUGAGGGAAGCCAGGCCCCUCACGCCGCUACGGCCCCGCCGCACGAAGCCACAAGAUGGCGGCGGGCGGCGUCACAUGGCGGCGGCGCCCAGCGCGCCUGCGCAGCACCUCCCCGGGAGGGAGGCGACAAGAUGGCGGAAGCGGAGUGAGCGGCUGGGCCGAGGCUGGACGAACACUGCACAGCUAUGGAGAAUGAACCAAACACAACGACGUGUUCUGCAUCUACGACUACUAUCACUACCACCUCCACUUCCCGGACCCCGCUCCCGCAGAUAUCUGUCUACAGUGGCUCUGACAGGCAUGCCGUCCAGGUUAUUCAGCAGGCCUUGCAUCGUCCUCCUAGCUCAGCUGCUCAGUACCUCCAGCAGAUGUAUGCAGCCCAACAGCAGCAUCUAAUGCUGCAGACUGCUGCUUUGCAGCAGCAGCACUUAAGCAGUACCCAGUUUCAGAGUCUGGCAACUGUACCACAGGCAAGCCUGUCAGGUGGGAGGCAAUGUACUUCCCCCACUGGGAGUGUCACUCAGCAGUCAAGCAUGUCGCAGACCUCGAUUAACCUCUCCACCUCUCCUACACCUGCACAGAUAAUAAGCCGUUCACAGACCUCCAACACCACCAGCAGCAGUAUUACCCAACAGACUAUGUUGCUGGGGAGCACCUCGCCAACCCUGAGUGCAAGCCAGGCUCAAAUGUAUCUACGAGCUCAAAUGCUAAUUUUUACUCCUGCUACCACUGUGGCUGCUGUCCAGUCUGACAUUCCUGUUGUCUCAUCAUCUUCCUCAUCUUCCUGUCAGUCUGCAGCUACUCAGGUUCAAAACUUGACAUUGCGCAGUCAGAAGUUGGGUGUGUUGUCAAGUUCGCAGAACGGCCCACCAAAGAGCAGCAGCCAGCCUCAGUCGUUGUCUCUGUGCGCUAAUAAACCUGUAACCAGUACCAAGGGCAGCCAACCAGAUCCCUCAGAGAGCAAUAGAAAAGGUGAUAGCCCAACUCCAGAGUGUCGGAGUACGCCAGUCACACGGACAUCAAGCAUACAUCAGUUAAUAACACCAGCUUCAUAUUCUCCAUUGCAACCUCAUUCUCUGGUAAAACAUCAGCAGAUCCCACUUCAUUCACCACCUCCAAAGAUUUCGCAUCAUCAGCUGAUACUGCAACAGCAGCAGCAAGUCCAGCCGAUUGCACUUCAGACUCCUUCUGGUCAGGAGCCCCCUCCGUCACAGCACUGUCUGCCACUCCCAAGCCACGGUCUUCCUCCAGGUCCCAGCAGCGUCCAGUCUCAUUGCUCACCUAUUCACAUCCAUCCUCCACCUCUAACGUUAUCUCCCACUCCAUCCCAGUCAGCUCAGCAGUCAGUAGUGGUCUCCCCUCCACCUUCUCACUCCCCUAGCCAGUCGCCCACAAUAAUUAUUCAUCCUCAAGCACUUAUCCAGUCACAGGCAAACUCCCUCGUGCCAACAGCUCUUCAGCCUGAGCAGGGCACUCCUCAGCAAACUGCUACCAACCCAGUUCGACCAAUUGCACAGCCACUUAAUCUUCCGCCGCAUCUCCCACUUCCACCCUCCCCUGCUGUACAUAUAGGAUCAGUAGAUCAGCCCAGCUUGGUUUCCUCGGGCCAACAGAUAGUGUCCUCCACACCACACCAGCAAUAUUCAGCCUUGCAGUCCACACCUAUCCCUCUUGCAGCUCCUCCACAGCUGUCAACAUCUUCAACCCAGAUUCAACAACUGCCCUUGCAGUCUGUGCAGUCGUUACAAGUGCAGCCUGAAAUUCUAUCCCAGGGCCAGGUUUUGGUUCAAAACACUUUGGUUUCUGAGGAAGAACUUCCUGCUGCAGAAGCUUUGGUCCAGCUGCCAUUUCAAACUCUUCCACCACCUCAGACUGUUGCAGUAAAUCUUCAAGUGCAGCCGUCAGUACCAAUUGAAACUCCGGUGAUUUACCAGGUGGAGAAUGUAUGUGAAGAAGAGAUGCCUGAGGAGUCUGAUUGUGUCAAUAUGGUUAGGACACCGACACCGCCGACUUUGUCCCCACCAGCCAUAACCUUGGGGAAUGGAGAGGCACUUAAUUCAGAAGAGCCUUUGUCAGACCAUGUGGGAAUACCUUCAGUGACAUCAUCAGUCAGUGCCUCAGUAAUUAAAUCUCCAUCUGAUCCUUCGCAUGCUUCUAUUCCACCACCACCUCUUUUGCUUCCAGCAGCAACAACAAGGAGUAACAGCACGUCAAUGCCCAAUAGCAUUCCUAGUCUAGAAAAUAAACCUCCACAGGCUAUCGUUAAACCACAAAUCCUGACCCAUGUUAUUGAAGGCUUUGUGAUUCAGGAGGGGUUGGAGCCAUUCCCUGUAAGUCGUUCAUCUUUGCUGGUAGAACAGCCUGCAGAAAAAAGAUUGCUAGUGGAGGGUCAAAUCAUGAGUGUUAUGUGUGUUGAAUCAGACUUGCAGAAUACAAAACAUGCAGACAACUCAUCGGACACAGAGAUAGAGGAUAUGAUUGCAGAAGAGGGACUGGAUGAAAUUGAAAAUGAUCUUCUGAAGUGUGAAUUUUGUGGGAAAAUGGGAUAUUCUAACAAGUUUCUGCGGUCAAAACGAUUCUGCUCUACAUCCUGUGCCAAAAGGCACAGCCUUAGUUGCACUAAGAAAUUUGGGCUGUUUACAUCAGACAAGACCAAUCGUUGGAAUCGGAAAUCAGAUAGCCAAAGUCUUGGGCGACGCGGGCGUCGACCGAGUGGCCCUGAUGGGGCGUCACGAGAUCAUUUUCUUAGACAGCUUCCAGUUACUUACCCAUCCGCAGAAGAAGAUCUGGCUUCUCAUGAAGACGCUGUUCCAGCUGCCAUGACCACGCGUCUGCGAAGACAGAGUGAAAGAGAGAGGGAGCGUGAACUUAGGGAACUAAGAAUUAGGAAAAUGCCAGAGGGCAUUGACUUGUUACCAGUGGUGCAAGCAGACCCAUCAGUAUGGACUGUUGACGAAGUUUGGGCCUUUAUACAUUCUUUGCCUGGUUGUCAAGAUAUUGCAGAUGAAUUUAGAGCACAAGAAAUUGAUGGACAAGCUCUCCUCUUGUUGAAGGAGGAUCACCUUAUGAGUGCAAUGAAUAUAAAGCUUGGACCUGCGUUAAAAAUCUGUGCACGUAUCAAUUCAUUGAAAGAAUCAUAGGGCAUGAACACAAAGGUUUAAACAACAGUUUCUCUGUGACAAAACCAGCAGUAAUAUGCCAACAUCUUCACCAUGGCAUGAGUGUUACUGUGAUGUUUUGUUAAAUAUAUGGAGUUUUUCCCACAUAGACUUAAAAGUAUUCCUCUGAUUAUACCAUGUAGUCCUCUGUAGUUUCCAGCAAUUUAAAAGUUCAUGGUAAAGCCUGAAUAAUACUUUGACUUAAAGUGGGAGCUCAUGGAAGAACAUGAAGUGAAAUAUGCUGAUAGUUUAAAUAUUCCACAUUAUGUACUUUAUCUUGUAAUUUUAAGAUUAACACCCCAGCACCCCCCCAAUCUGAACACCAUUUAGAUUGUGUUACUGUAUUCUGAAAGAUGACUUUUCCCACAUACAGCAGUUUUUGGACUGAAAUCACAGAAGUGUCCACAGAUGCUGUGGAAGCACUGAAAACAGUAAAAUGCUAUGCA